UUUAAGAGAAGUUAUUCAAAUCAAAUGGAAGGAAGCACUGUCCACAAGGAGCCUAGUGCCUUGGACGAUGGACUAAAAAUCGCUGGUCCAGCUUCGUCUUUAUUUGGCGAUUCUUCACAAAGUCCUUUCGAUUCUUUAUUUUCACCUACAACUACCUCAAAAUCGGCAAAUGAUUCCAUACCGUCGACCCAAUAUGACCCAGCUUUGUCCUUCUUUGACAAUUAUAAUCACGAGAAUGAACAUUCGAUCACCACAGCACAAGUGGAGACCAAUUAUUCAUACUACGGGUAUUCAAACGUUCCUUCAACUGUUCCGCAAAAUGAAUCGACAGGUGGAAACUACAUAAAUACAGCACCGAAUAAUACAUAUUAUGAUGGACAUUAUUCUUCAACACAAGUUAAUGGCACUAAUGAAGAGAAUCUUAAUCAAAAUUACAAUUACACAAGAUCUAAUUAUGAUAAUUCAUUGUAUUCAAACAGUCAGUACUAUUAUUCACAACAACAGUAUUAUUAUGAUCCCUCCACCAGUUAUUACUACGACCCAAAUCAAAAUUAUGGUACGAAUCAAACCUACGAUACAAAUCAAACUUACGAUACAAAUCAAGUCCACGACCCUAAUCAAACUUACGAUACAAAUCAAGUCCAUGACCCUAAUCAAACUUACUAUACAAAUCAAGUCCACGACCCUAAUCAAACUCACGAUGCAAAUUCAAUCCAUAGUCCUAAUCAAAUUUACGACCCUUCACAAUAUUAUCAAUACGGUACUGAAGUAGUAGAUAAAAAGCAGGAUGUUAGUCAUAUUAAUUCUCAAAAUUCAGACUCUUGUGAGAUAACCAAAAACGUCGAAGAAAAUAACGAAAAAAAACUUGACAAAAAUUCAGAACAUAGAUUGUCGAACACAAAUGAAGAAUUGACAGCGGAGCCUUUCAAUUACCAAUUGAAUAGCAAUGACAUUUUGUCCGAUAUUCAGACAUUUGCAUCUGUUGAAACUCAGGAAAAAACAAGCGAUCAGAUCAAUAAUAUUAAUAACGAAUUGGAAGAUGCAGGAUCAGAACUUGCCGAGAUUCCUUUAGAUUCAUCAAAAGUUGAAGAAGUUAAUGAUAAAGAAACAUCCGAGGAAGUUUCGUCCUCUAUGCAAAAGGAGCAAAUUACAGAAGUAAACGAAGAAGUAAACCCUGUUCAAGAAUUACCAUCAGUGGAAUCGUUGAGUCAUACUCUUGCAGCAGUAACAUUAAUAGAAACAAUAGAGUCUAAUCAAGAUCACGCUCAAUUAUCGGUAACUUCUAUAGACAAUGAAAAUAAUCUAGUUAAUAAUUCAAUCGAAGAAAAUCACGAAUCAAAUAAUUUGGAGAUUUUUGAAGAACAAGAAGUUAAUAUAACCCACGGAGACGAUCAUGAAAUAUUUGAGUAUAAACCCCAAGAAUUAGAGGUUCAACCAAAAUCAGAAAUUUCUCACGACGACCGACCUGCAUUAACAUCAGUAGAAGAAAAAGCUCAAGUCAUCUCUGAUUUGAAUAUAUCAAAUGAGCAGGAAGAAAUAAAUACGCUAUCAAUAAAAGAGCCCGAAAAGUUGGACGAUCUGGACGACUUAGUUCUUGGUUCAACUACAUCUAAAGCAUCGGGAACGUCCGCGGAAAAUGAUACAAUAAACGCACACGGAGAAUUUAGUGUCUCACGAGAAAUUGGGGAGACCGUUAACGAUUCGUCCGAAUUAUAUCAGUACCAAUAUGUUUAUUCCAAUUCAGAUUAUUCAUAUAACAAUGAUUGGGGAACAAACAAUGCAAACCAGACCUAUGAUCCUAAUCAAACAGUUGUUGACGCAAAUAGUUACGGUCAGUGGGGAACAAACAAUGCAGACCAAACCUAUGAUCCUAAUCAGACCGUUGUUGACGCAAAUAACUACGGUCAGUGGGGAACAAACAACGCAGAUCAAAAUUAUGAUCCUAACCAAACCGUUGUUGACGCAAACAACUACGGUCAGUGGGAAUCAAACAAUGCAGGUCAAACUUAUGAUCCUAAUAAAACCGUUGUUGACGCAAAUAACUAUGGUCAGUGGGGAACAAAUGUUACAGAUAAACAAUAUCAAACUUAUGAUCCCAAUCAGACUGUCGCUGACACAAAUAAUAUUCCCCAUCAGUUUGGAUAUGACUUAGGUCAAAGCGCAGUAGAAAAUUCGACAAAUGCGAGUGAAUUAAAUGAUCACUACAAAGGUUAUUCCGGAUCUAAUGUCACUCAAGCUGCUUUAAAUAAUAAUAAUGUCACGGAAGAGCGAAGUCUUUCAUAUUCAGAAUAUAAUACUAAUCUCGGAUCUGAGACUGUCGUAGACAAUAAUAAUGUCACGAAGAAUUCUGAUUCUCCAUAUUUAGAAUAUAGCUCUGGGUUAGGAUAUGAUCAUGGUCAUCAAUAUUAUCAAAGUCACGAUUUUAGUUCAACCACUAUUGAUGGUGCUGCCGAAACUCAUAAAUCAAAUUAUCAAUACUUAGGAAGUGACCAAAGUCAAGUCACGGUUCCGAACAGUUUCAAUGAAACCAUUGAAGCUCAAGGGUUGAAUUACCAGUAUCCAGGGUAUGAACAAAGUCAGACUACAAUUUCAACUAACUUUGAUGGAACAACAUUUGACCAGGGUCAAAAGGCCAUUAGUGGACCAGAGACAAUCCAUCAAUACCCGGUAUACGAUCAGAAUUAUACAGCUAAUACCACAUCUCAAUCAAAUACCUCUCCGCCUCCUAGAAUAGUGAGUUGCAUAUAUCCUCCAUGUACAGGAGAGAAUAGUCCAAAUGCUAAAUUUUGUUCAGAAUGUGGGAGACGCAUCACAAACGUAUCGCGGACUACGACGCCGUCUACCUAUUAUGGAGAAUCAGAUCACGUAAAACAUUCAUCAUCAUCUAUUACAUAUGCUCCACCACAGGAAUCAUUUGGUUAUCAUUCUUCUUCACCUGGAUUAGAUUCGCAGAAUGCUUCAGUUUUGCCAACACAACGACAGUAUAGUGCCGAAGUCAUAUCUGAGUUUAAUGAUCCAUUAGGAAGGACAAAAGGACACCCUAUAGUGGCAUUUGGAUUUGGAGGGAAAAUUUUCACCAUGUUUCCCCGUACAGUACAACGUUUUACCAGCACGGAACAAGACGUACCUAUUACAAAAUAUGCACCUGGCGUAUUUACAAUACGUACACUAAAAGAUGUUGUUUCACUAUCAGGUAUUGGGGAAUUUCCAGGUCCACUGCUAAUGGACAAUAAUAAAGGUGGUGUAAAAGCAAAGAAAAAAUGUAUACUAAAAUAUCUGGACGAUCAGCUCAAAAUUGCAGAGGAAUCUUUGAGUACGUUUGUUGGCGAGGAGUUAGAAAAGAAAACGUUGAAAGAUAGUAUAAUUUUAUGGAGUCUAUUAAAGAUCAUGUUUGAAAAUGAUGGUGCCCUCAUUGGAAGUUCAAAAGUCGAAGAGGCUGUACGCAAUAUCUUAAUCCCGUCUUUACAUAAUGAUACAAAAGAUGAUGACGCAAAUUUUACUGUUCCUGCUGAUAAAAGCCUUGAUUCUUCACAAAGUUUAUCAAAUUCUUCGAUCAAGCCACCAAUUGUGCGUAAUAUUUCUCCCGAAUCGAUUGAUGUAAUACAAGGUCUAUUGCUCAAAGGUGACCGAGUAGCUGCUAUAAAUCAUGCAAUGAAUGAAAAUUUAUGGGCUCACGCUUUGAUAAUCGCAAGUUGCGUGAAUAAGGAACAAUGGAAAGAAGUUGUAAGUGGUUUUGUCAGACAUGAAUUGGGAUCUCAAAAUGGUGAAUCCCUUCAAUCAAAUGGAAGAGAAAGCUUAAGAGUGCUAUAUUCACUAUUUGCUGGUCAUGGACAAAAUUCAGUCAAACAAUUUCUACCUCAGCAAACUUUGCUUAAUCGAGUGACUCAUUCGUCAACCGCUACAACAUAUCCAAAUAACUCAGUACCUAACCCUGUUAGCAAUGUACAUUAUGGUACCGGAACAGAUGAAGUACCUGUUGAAAGCUUAGAAAAAUGGCAAGAAACAUUGGCAAUAAUUUUAGCUAAUCGUUCACCUGGUGACAAUAAAGCGAUUACUGCAUUAGGGGAUAUGUUAAAAGAAUAUGGAUGGAUUCAUGCGGCCCAUGUCUGUUAUAUUUUAUCUCCACAAACAUCUAUCCAUUCUGGCGUUGACGCGCCUAAUUCACGUUACACACUUAUGGGUUAUGAUUUCGUUCUCGAUCAAUUGACCCGCUCCUUUCACGACUGGCAGGCGUUGCAGCUUACCGAAAUUUAUGAGUUCGGACUGUCUCUGAAAAGCAAUGAAAGUGGACUACCGUUCUUACAGCCCUACAAACUCAUAUAUGCGUGGUGGUUAGCUGAUUGUGGAUAUCUGGAUGAAGCCAGGAGAUAUUGUGAAUCAAUCGCGAAUAUUGUGAAGUUAUACACAAAAGGUUCACCGUAUUUUCACGGAUGCUUUUUACAAAAGCUAAAGGAUCUUACACAACGUCUACUUGAACAUGGGGGCAGUAAUAACACAAAUGAAUCAUCAUCAUGGUUAUUUGCUAAGAAAAUGCCAAAAGCGACUCUUGAUUCUCUAUGGGGCUCUCUUGAAGGAAAAUUCAAUAAAUUUGUUGCCGGGGAUAAUGCUGAUGAAACUUCUGAUUCUCAGGAAGUUGUUGGUCCUUUCUCUCAUUUUAGCACUACAACGCCAGACGUCCCGUCUCGUAGUGCUUCUGCUGUAGACUUUCGUUCGGCUUCCGCUUCGACCACGUCCAGUGUGAUAUUGCAAAAGCAGGCCGACGUGCGACAGCGUAGGUCCUCAACACCCGGUGUGAACGCGCAUGCUGAUGCUCGUGCAGUAAACGGAUAUCAUUCUAAUGCUUUCAGUCCAGUCUCUUUCGAUGGACAGAACUCAAUAUCGACUGUUCCAGAAGGUCAAUCUUUUUCGACAGAUAAUGGAUAUUCUGCCGUUGAUCAUCAAGGGCAAAAUACGAAUUUAUACUCUGGUUACGGCUCUUUCCAGCCCUUAGAAACUGAAUAUUCGAAUGCGUACCAAUAUGGAUCAAAUUCGUAUGGUCAGCAAGCUCAACAGGGUUAUAAUAAUACAAUCUCUGAUAAUAAUAACUCCGGAUCCAAUGCGAAGCAGCAGAACAAAAAUCAACAUACUUACCCAUAUUAUUAUUCAUCCGAAAAUACGGCAUAUUCAAAUAACUCUGGAUGGUGGAAUAGUUCUUAUUCUGGUGAUAAUUAUGAUCAAAAGCAAGAUCAGACCCAAGCCAAUAGCUUGGAAGGUGAAUUUAUAUCACCGAUGGGCAAUAGUUAUACUCAACUCUUACCGGCUUCUGAACCAGUUACUUCGACAACAGAUAAUAACAAUGAUUGGGAUGAUGACUUGGGAUUAGGUAAUAAUUCGUUUUCAAAAAAGAAAUCUAAUCAGAACGUGGAAUCCAAAGACUCUUCUGAAAAUGAUGAUCACACGGAAUCUUCGGAAAGUCCUGAAAAGAAGAACGAAAAUGAGAAAAAAGAUGAGAAUAGAAAAGGCUGGUUUGAAAGAUUCUUUGGAAAGAAGGAAGGAGGAGGAAAAGUAGCUAACUUGGGCGAAGAAAACUCAUUUUAUUUUGACCCCGUUCAGAAAAAAUGGGUUAACAAAAAGGGUGGAUCCGACACCCCCUCGAAUUUAGCACCACCUCCACCACCACUAUCGCGCGCUAAAACUACAUCACCCACACCAUCAGCUUCUAUGAUGAACUUAAAGAGACAAUCAAUGCCAUUGAACGCGACCCCUGCUAAGCAGCAAUCAUUGCCACCGAUGAAUAAAGCAUCAACAAGCCCACCUCCUAUAAAUUCUUCUAGUAGUGCCCCAACACCACCUCCAGGUAGUCGUAGAAGUGCAUCCAGUGCCAGUACACGACGUCCUGUUCGAGCCAGAUAUGUGGACAUUAUGAACCAACCAUCACAAAAGUAG